ACCUUGGACUUUUUAAAUAUCAAUUGCAAUUCACGGUCAAACUGUUAAUUUCACGAUAUGGUAAUGGUCCAAUAAAGAAUCUUGAGGAAUGUCUUUCUCAAAUUCCUCGCCACCCAAACCUUAAGGUUUUCAAAAAUGGUUUUGACAAAUUUAAGCGAUUAACUGCAACAGAAUAUAGGGAUUUAAUGAAAAUAGUGUUAUUCGCCUUGGAUGGGUUAAUACCUGACAAGAAACUUAAUAAGAAUUUCAUUAGACAACUUAAAUAUUGCAUCCACGAUUAUUUUCUAAAUAUUGAAAACUGGUCAUUACAGGAUAUUGAGAAUGAAACUAUCUUAAUUGAAGCAUUCGAGCAUGCUUAUUUAGAUAACGAUUAUAAGGUAAUUAUUCGUGCAUCCUCUAACUAUUAUGGACAGAAGGCUUUCUUAGAUGUUUGUGUUGAAAUGGAUGAAUCAGAACAAAAUGAUUAUCUGACAGAUGGCAGCUUAUAUUACGCAAAGAUAUAUAUUAACUAA